UACCCGUCUCCCUCUCUUGCUGCUACGCCCACCCGGCGCGCGUUGCGUCAUGCGUGUUGCGUCCCCGUGUUUAUUUAUAUGCACUGGUUACCUUCCUCCCUGGCUACGAACUAGUCGAAGGGAUAGCUGAAGAAGACCACGAUCGAGAGCGAAGCAAAGAAGAGGAAGGAGGAGUUAAUUUAAGAAGUGCAUCAAGACAUCAUAUGGGGCAGCAAGAGAAGAGCGGCGAGACCGGCGGCGGCAACAUGGAGGAGGCGGCGGCCAAGGAGAACGGCCGCGCCGCCGAUCCGCGCCUCCAGGGCAUUUCCGACGCCAUCCGCGUCGUCCCCCACUUCCCCAAGCCAGGGAUCAUGUUCAACGACAUCACGGCGCUGCUGCUGCGGCCUGGCGUGUUCAAGGACGCCGUGGACAUGUUCGUGGAGCGCUACCGCGGCAUGGGCAUCGCGGCCGUCGCAGGUAUUGAAGCCAGAGGAUUCGUAUUUGGCCCGGCGAUCGCAUUAGCCAUCGGAGCGAAAUUCAUACCGUUGCGCAAACCUGGGAAACUCCCAGGCGAGGUGAUUUCCGAGACUUAUGUGCUUGAGUAUGGGACGGAUUGCUUGGAGAUGCAUGUCGGAGCCACUGAACAGGGGGAGCGCGUAGUGGUCGUUGAUGAUUUGGUUGCAACCGGUGGGACACUUUCUGCAGCUAUAAGACUUCUCGAACGUGCUGGAGCUGACGUUGUUGAGUGUGCAUGCCUCAUUGGACUUCCUAAAUUUAAGGAUUUCUACAAGCUCAACGGAAAGCCAGUUUAUAUACUGGUGGAGUCCCGCAAAUAGGAAUUAAAAAGUUGAUGACCGACCAGAAAAAAGGAUGACAGCUUCAGUCAUUUGUAACCGCGUUACAAAUGAUGGAUGUAACUCUGGAGUACACUGUCAAGGGCAGCUGCCAAGUGUGUCUCCUCAAGAGGGUGAGAUAGUAGAUGAGAUGUAGUCAUGUAGAGCCUUAUUAGCACUAGUUUUUUCAGUAGUAUGAAGGAGAGCUUGUAGUUAUUUCUGUCAAGAAUUAUCACUGUUAGCAGGAGAAAGAAAAGAACCACCCUGUUGUUCAGUUGUCCGUGAA